GCGCCGCGCGUCGCCGAGCCCAGCGGACCGAGAGCCCCAUGGCUGCAACGCACACCGCGUCCCUGCUCCGCCCGCCCGCGCUGCGCCGGCCCCGGCUCCUGCUGUUUCUGCUGCCGCCGCCGCCGCCACUGUUGCUGCUGCUGCUGCUUCCUGCGCCGAGCCGGGGUCUGGGCCACUCUGCCGAACUGGCAUUUGCUGUGGAGCCAAGUGAUGAUAUUGUAGUCCCUGGGCAGCCCAUAGUGCUGGGUUGCAAAGUGGAGGGGACUCCUCCAGUGCGAGUCACUUGGAGAAAGAAUGGGGCAGAACUGCCCGAGGACACACACUCUACCCUACUGGCCAAUGGAUCCCUACUGAUCCGUCAUUUCAGACUGGAGCAAGGAGGUGGCCCUUCAGAUGAAGGUGACUAUGAUUGUGUGGCUCAGAACCGCUUUGGGCUGCUGGUCAGCCGGAAGGCUCGUAUCCAGGCUGCAACCAUGUCAGACUUCCACGUGCACCCCCAGGCCACUGUGGGUGAAGAGGGUGGAGUAGCCCGCUUCCAGUGCCAAAUUCAUGGGCUUCCCAAGCCCCUAAUCACAUGGGAGAAGAACAGAGUCCCCAUUGACACAGACAAUGAGAGGUACACAUUGCUGCCAAAGGGGGUCCUGCAGAUCACAGGACUACGGGCUGAGGACAGUGGUGUCUUCCACUGUGUGGCUUCCAACAUUGCCAGUGUGAGAGUCAGCCAUGGGGCUAGGCUUACUGUGUCAGGCUCAGGCUCUGGGGCCUACAAGGAGCCCACCAUCCUUGUGGGGCCUGAGAACCUCACCCUGACAGUGCACCAGACCGCAGUGCUAGAGUGUGUCGCUACGGGCAACCCGCGCCCCAUUGUGUCUUGGAGCCGCCUGGAUGGCCGCCCCAUCGGGGUAGAGGGCAUCCAGGUACUGGGCACAGGAAACCUCAUCAUCUCAGAUGUGACUGUCCAGCACUCAGGUGUCUAUGUCUGUGCAGCCAACAGGCCUGGUACCCGGGUGAGGAGGACAGCCCAGGGUCGGCUGGUGGUACAAGCCCCAGCAGAGUUUGUCCAGCAUCCUCAGUCAAUCUCCAGGCCAGCUGGGACCACAGCCAUGUUCACCUGCCAAGCUCAAGGUGAGCCACCCCCUCAUGUCACAUGGUUGAAGAAUGGACAGGUGCUGGGACCAGGAGGCCAUGUCAGGCUCAAGAACAAUAACAGCACACUGAGCAUUUCUGGAGUUGGUCCUGAAGAUGAGGCCAUUUACCAGUGCGUGGCCGAGAACAUUGCUGGCUCAUCACAAGCCAGCGCCAGGUUGACCGUGCUAUGGGACGAGGGGUUGCCCGGCCCCCCACGCAAUGUUCGAGCUGUUUCUGUGUCCUCCACUGAGGUUCGAGUGUCCUGGAGUGAGCCCCUGGCCCAUACCAAGGAGAUCAUUGGCUACGUCCUGCACAUCAGGAAAGUUGCUGACUCACCCAAGCUGGAAUAUCAGGAAGCAGUCAGCAAGAGCACCUUUCAGCACCUGGUGAGAGACCUUGAGCCCUCCACAGCCUACAGCUUCUACAUCAAGGCCUACACACCAAGGGGGGCCAGUUUAGCCUCUGUCCCCACCCUGGCCAGCACCCUGGGUGAAGCCCCUGCCCCACCCUCGUUGUCAGUACGGGUGCUGGGCAGCUCCUCCCUGCAGCUACUGUGGAAGCCCUGGCCACAGCUGGCCCAGCACAACGGGGGCUUCAAGUUGUUUUAUCGCCCAGCCAGCGCAGUCUCCUUCACCGGCCCCAUCUUGGUCCCUGGGACUGUCUCCUCCUACAACCUCAGCCAGCUCGACCCCAGCACUGUGUAUGAGGUGAAGCUGCUUGCCUACAAUCAGCAUGGGGAUGGAAAUGCCACAGUUCGCUUUGUGUCUUUGAGGGGAGCCUCUGAGAGGACAGCCUUGAGUCCCCCAUGUGAUUGCCGGAAGGAAGAAACCACCAAUCAGACAUCUACUACAGGCAUCAUUAUCGGUAUCCAUAUUGGAGUCACCUGCAUCAUCUUCUGUGUCCUCUUCCUCCUGUUUGGCCAAAGGGGCAGGGUCCUCCUAUGUAAGGAUGUGGAAAACCAGCUCUCCCCACCCCAGGAACCCAGGAGCCAGAGGGAUCCUGGCAUCCUGGCACUGAAUGGGGCAGGCCGAGGAGAACGGGGCCAGCUACGCCGUGGCCAGAAGCAUGUGGAUGCCAAGGAGUUGGAGCAGCUAUUCCCCCCAGCUGGGUCAGCUGGGCAGCCUGGCUCCAGGCCCUCUGAUCCCACAGCCCCUGUCCUGUAUGAGGAGACCCAGCUCUCCAUGGUGCCACUUCAAGGCUUCAAUCUUGUGGCAAGGAGAACAAUAGAAGCCAAGACUGCCUGUGCAGGCCCUGUGCCUGUCCCAUCGCCCCAGGAUGUAGACCCAGGCCUCCUCAGUGAAGGACAGGCAACCCAGUCUCCUGCAGCCACAGCUUCUCAGACAGCUCACUCAAGAUAGUAGCCAGCAUCCAGCGGGGUCCAGAGGGGCAGCCCCCUCCUUCUCAGGUCAAAGGCAAGGUUUCUCCUAUACCACAGGAUUCAGAUGGUCCUAGGAGCUCACCAGUGCUUUUAGGUUGACUAAAAAGCAGGGUUGUCAACUCCCCAGGAGCUGGUGAAUCCCUGCAGGAAGGUUCCUCCGCUGCCCAGGCUAAUGUUCCCUCGCCAAUGCCUGCUAUCCAUAUGACUUCGAACUGAACAAAAAUUUUCCUUUAAAAAUCAAAACUUAAAAGUCAUAAAGAGACAGAGAAAGAAGAGAGAGAGAGAAAGGAAGGUAAAUUAGACUCCAAAAAUAUGUCCCUGCUGUGGCUGGGCCUCUGAUGCUGUCACCCUGCUCUGACCUUAUUUUCUCAGGAUGGUUUUUAGUUGUUUUGGCUCUCAGCACCUACCUCAGCCGGAAUGAAUGUCCUUGGGGAUAGUGGGGCUGUAGCCUCAGCCCCCUGCUCCACAGAGCCCGAAUGUACUCCUACCUCAAGCCCUCUUAUGGGCCCCCCAUCCCAUAUUGUUGCCCAGAGCAAAAGGAAAAAGGAAAAAAACGAAAAAAAUAGAAAAAAGGAAGAAAAAAAAAUCUGUCCCAUUUCCAAGUGUGAAAGAAACUGUCUACCUCAAGCCUCAAGGCCCUUCGUGUGGGCCUGUGUUGUCACUGGACCUUCCUUCCGGCCCUUGUUCUCCCCCAGCCUUUCCUGCCUUGCCCACAGGAGAGGUGACUGAUGCUAAGUGACCAGAGGGGCCUAUAGAAGUAAAGAUGAAAUUGGUCAGAGAGAAAAUGUGAAACAAGCCAAAAACAAAAGGAAAGUUGUUCCUUGAAGUAUAGAUUGUCCCAAACUAAUCACUUCCCCAGACAUCACCUGUGCUACAUCUCCUGUGUCAGUCCACCCCUGCUCUGACCCUCCUAGCCAACCCACUGGCCAUUGGGAUAUCUAUAGUCCUCCCUACCUGGGCCUGGGGAGGAUGAGAUGUCAUCCCGAGGUUUGCCGCCUGUUCUACCCAGACACAGAGCCCCGUCCCUGGAAUGUACUGCGUGUGGUGGGGAUGUGUGCGUGGAGGUGGGUGCACCCCCACAGAGGCACCCCUGCUUUCUCCAUCAUGGGACCCAAGUAACCUGACCUACCUGCUGGUACUACCGUCCAGUCAGCAGGGGUGGCCAGGAGUUAUUUUUAUAUGAGGUGUGUUUACGUUUUAUUCUCUUUUCUGUUGUAUUGUUCUUUGAACUACUUAGGUAAAAAGAAAAAAGAAAGAAAGAAAGAAAAAAAAAAAACAAGGAAACAAAUACCUAUUUUUGGUUACACUCAGAAACAUUUUUUUAAAUAGCCGAAGGAAAACUUUUUUUUAAGAAAAAAAAAAAAAAUAAGCGUAUUCCUUAAGAAUGAAAUUAGAGCAUAAAGUCCCUGACCCCAAACCCUCUAGGGACAGCCCACCCUAAACUUUAGGUAAUUAGCUGAAGAAGGUAGAACCUGUGGUGUUUCCCUAGAAAACUAGUCAUGUCCACCUGGACUUAGGAAGGGCAUUCCGUCCCUUCUCUCAAGUACUAAGUGGAUGCCAGGGGUCUGCCCACUCUGAGGCUGUGUCCUCUAUGUGGCUUCUCUGUGAAGUCCCAUUCUCCUUUGGGAGGGGGGCUGGGGCAUGAGGGGCCUGGAGGCCUCCUGGCCUGACUUGGUUUGUCAUAGUUUAUUCACUUUAACUGAAUAAAAAUC